AUGCCUGCGCCCGCGCCCGCCCCGGCCUUCCUGCUCCUCACCACGGCUCUGGCUCUCGCCGCCGCCCUCGCCUGCCACCACCUGCGGCCCCUCCACGCCUCCUUCGCCUGGGACAGCCUCCAGCUCCUCCACGACAUGGCUCCCGGCCCCACACAGCCCUGCCACCACCACCACGCGCCCUCCUUCCCCGACGCCCUCCUCCGCAACGCACAACCAGCGCCAGACGCCGACACCGCCCUCCGCCUCCUUCGCCACCUCAGCAGCCCCGACGUCCCCCACCACUGGGACCACCACGCACGACAGCGCCUCCUCAACACCCUCCAGCACCACAUCCACCAGCUGCAACGCUGCCUCCCACCCAGCGCCCAGCUCUCCCAAGGACAAGGGCCCCGCAACCUCCUGCUCUCCAUCAACAAAUACUUCCGACACCUCCACGACUUCCUCAUCGCCCACAACCACAGCGCCUGCGCCUGGGACCACCUCCGCCUCCAGGCUCGCCUCUGCGUCCAACGCGAGCACACGCUCACUCG